ACUUGUUUUCAAUGUCACAUGCAGGGUGUUGUACGUAUCUUGGUCGGCUGGAUAUCUCCAUCACAAGAUACGGACUAGUUCAGCUUGCUACAUUAGAACAGGAAUUUGUGUGAGGAUUCUUUGUCAUGUGUUUAUAAAUACUUGACUAUAAAUACUCGUCUCUUGUUAAACAUCGUGUGAUUUUAGCUAAAAAUAGAAUCUGUCUUUAGGAAAGUGUGUAGUUAUGAGUUGAGAAAAAUGACAUUUUGGGAUUGAUGAAAUAGGGGAGAUAACUAUGGAGGCUGCCAGCUCAUUCGCCAUGCAAGAGGCCGUAGAGGCGGCUGUGUUCGAGAUUAAAGUUUCUAUUCUUGGCGACUCCGACGUCGGUAAAACGUCGAUUGCGUCAUCGUUUAACACACAGACUCCACUGCUUGCUCCAAAGGCAACUAUAUGUUGUGAACUGACAGUGAAACAUGUCUCCUACCCAAAUGGUGACAGGAUCAGGUACACCAUCUAUGACACCGCUGGGCAGGAGAAGUUCCAUGGUGUGAUGGCUAACUAUGUCCGCAACAUGGACGCUGUGGUCAUCGUGUAUGAUGUCACAAACAGGGUUUCCUUUGAAAAUGUCGACAGAUGGUUGUACUUCAUCACCAACCACUUGCCGCAUGACGUCCCUGUUUUACUGGUUGGAAAUAAAAUAGAUAAAACUGAUGACAGGGAGGUUACAGAGAUGGAAGGUAAACAAAGAGCAGAGAGAUCCAACCUUUUUUUCCUGGAGACUUCUGCUCAUACAGGGGAGAGAAUCUCCCUCAUGUUUGAACAGCUUUCCACAGCAUUGAGAGAGAAAAAACUGAAGGAAUUAUUCCAUGGAUCCAGAGUUCCACUGAGCAACAUGGCGCUGAAGUUGUCACCAGAUAAUUUAUACAGAGAUCAUAGAGGGGGACAGAAGAGGCCGUGUUGUGGGACUCAGUAGACAUUUUUUGUUUGUUUUACCUACACAUUGUGUAUGCAUAUCUAAAUAUAUUGUCUGUGUACCUACACAUUUUGUGUAUGCCACCACAUUUUAUAUAUGCCUACACAUUUUGUCUGUGUACCUACACUUAUUGUCUGUGUAUCUACAUUUAUUAUCUGAACAUUUACACAUUUUGUGUAUACCUACACAUUGUGUAUGCAUAUCUAAAUAUAUUGUCUGUGUGACUAUACAUUGCCUUAUACAUAUUUCUGUAACAUUAAAAUUUAUAUGUAGAAAUUUUAAUUUGCAUUGUGAUUCUGUAGCUAAAACUUGUAAAUAAAUAUGACUGAAUUGUUUCAAUAACUUAACAUUUAUCAAUAUUAUUCCUGUUUUCAUGAACAUAUUUCAUUGUAAACUUUUAUUUUUUUGCACAGACAUGUUUAAAUACUGCAAGCAUUCACUGUUUUACAAGUAGAAGUGUAAAACAUAUAGGCAGUAUAUUAUAUAACUAAGUGUAGGCCAACCAGUACUAUUAUA